GUCGCAACUCACACACUCGCGCGUUGUAAUCCAUUUUCAGAUCUGAAAAAACAAGCCCUUGAACUCUCCGUCAAUUUCACAAUUCUCUCUCAAACCCUAGGUAGAGUUCUUCUUCCUCCCUCCCUGAAUCUCUCCAAAUCUUUAAUGGAUUCAUCUUCUUCGAUUUCGUGUCUAAGUCUUUCCACCCCGGUCAUAGAGAGAGAAACAUAAGGCGGAAGAGAAAGAAAGACGGCGACCUUUUGCUAUGGCUCAAUGUUCCUACCAUUUCUUCGCCCAUUGCGAGAACAAAGGAUCUUGAUACAGUUGACUUGCUUGAUCAAUUACCAACAUUACAACAACUUCUUUACAGGGUUCUUGGUUGCCAGGAUUUAGUCUUCACACUAGUAGAGAAAACGUCAUUUGCAACUUAUCUAGUUCCCAUGAGCUGCAUUGAAGUGUUUAAACUCUGAUGACGGCACAUCGUGCUUUUCAAUUCUGCAAGCAAUACAAACGUACCACAGAAUUUCGUCGACUCUGUGAAAUAAUCAGGAACCAUUUGUCAAAUCUGAACAAAUACAAGGACCAGCAUGACAGGCCUGAUCUGACAGCUCCAGAAAGCUUGCAAUUGUAUCUCGACACGAGGUCUGAGCAACUAAAGAUUGCCACUGAACUUGAACUUUGGCAGGUAAGACAAUGUCCAAGCAAUUUUCUAUUGCAAAAAAGUUUUGUAGCUACCAAUCUCUUUGAAUUAUAUGCCUCCUUUCUGAUUCACGAUUUCAUGUGGACAUGUGGUUAAUGUUAAACAUGCUGGUCCCUUUAAAGCCUUGAUGUGAAUUUAGAGGUUUUAAAAAAAUCAUGUUGGCUUCUGUACAGCAUUAUUUUUACAUAAAAACAAAACUUUUGCAAUUUUGACUCAUGUUUGGUGGUUUUACAAAUUCAUGAAUGUCAUUGCCUUGUUUUCCAGAUCAGUAAUUAAUGAUUUCUGGUAUCAUCAACAUUAGACCACUGCCCCUGUUGGGGCUGGUACCAAGGGUUAGGCAACAGAGGUUCAGAUGUAUGCAAGAAUGCAACUUUAGCCCUGCCAUAAUGGAGAAAUUUGUUUUUAUUAGGUCAUUGAGCGAAUUAGAACUACAAUUUUCCACUUCUCACUGAACAAGAAGUGCAUACAGUGUCAAGAAUGCAACUUUUUGAUUUUUCUGUUGUGGAAAAUAUUUCUGUAGAUGCUGUCAAACAUAAGUUUUGCUCUUGCCUUGGAAAAGCUAGCAACUCUUAGAUUGCUACAACAGGUGCAAUAUUUUGCUCUUUUUGCAUCUCUACCAAGUGUAUUUUGUUAGUGUACCUUGGUACACUGUGCCAUAGCUGCCUUCAGUGUCAUCUUUCAGGAUGUUCAAAGCUACUGUUUUCUUGAGUCAAGGGCGUCUAAGUCUUCAAACAUUCAGAUUGAUUGAUGGUCUUUUGCGUCGGUUAAGAUUGUGGUAUCUAGGAUCUUGAAUAUAUAUUGAUGUCACCAGGUAAAGUAGUUUGACCAAUGAUGAUGUUUGAUGCAAGAUCUUGAAUCUGAUACCGUGAGAAAUCACCUUGCAUCAUUUGCUGAAUCUAUGAUACCGUAAGUGUUUAUUUUCUGAAAAUACUUCUCGAUGUUUGCUGGUUGGUGUUAUCUACUUCAUUUCAGGAUAAGUUGACAAAGCAAGCAUUGAUGGAGUUUGCUCUCAACGAGCAGCUGAGGGAGAAACAAGAAAUGGAGAAAAAACUACAGAGGUUGAGCAAGAGAGAGCUAAGGGAGAGGAGGCAGCUCCAUUAAUUGAAUCUUUUACGGUGUUCUUUGUUUGGAUUCUUUUGGUAAUAAAUUUUGCUAAUGGAUUAUAUUGGAGUGAUUUUUUUAAAAAAAUAAACGUACUAUUUGAAAUCUCUUUUUGCAGCGCCUACGUAGAUUUUUUACAGCGCGUCUGAAUCACCGUUCAUUUCAUUGCAGCCAUCACAAUUGGCCUCUUUUACGCGCGCUGUAAAUGAUAUUUUUUCUACUAGUGUAAACCCUAAACCCUAAAACCCUAAAACCCUAAAACCCUAAACCCUAAACCCUAAACCCUAAAACCCUAAACCCUAAACCUUAAACCUAAACCCUAAAACCCUAAAACCCUAAACCCUAAACCCUAAACCCUAAACCCUAAACCCUAAACCCUAAACCCUAAACCCUAAAACCCUAAACCCUAAACCCUAAACCAAACCCUAGAACCCUAAACCCUAAACCCUAAACCCCUAAACCCUAACCCCUAAACCGUAAACCCUAACCCCUAAACCGUAAACCCUUAACCCUAAAACCAUAAACCCUAAAACCCCAAAACCCUAAAACCCUAAACCCUAAACCCUAAACCCUGAACCCUAAACCCUGAACCCUAAAACAGGUUAAUAAAGACAUGAAAUUUUUUGCUGUCAACUUUUUUAUUUAAUAAUAUUUUUAUGAUUAUCUCUUUGGAUUGAUUAUGGAUAUGAAAAAAUAAAGUAAUACUCCCUCUGUAUUUAUUUAAGGGACACACUUGCUUUUUCCGGCCGUAUUUAUUUAAGAGAUACACUUGCCAUUUUUAGUAACUUAUCAAACCGACCAUCUAAUUAAAUAAUAUAUCUACACCCCAUCCCCUCUCCCAUCCCCUAAAAUGACAUGGUCUCCAAUUGUUUUACUUAUUAAAAUAUCUAUCAAACCCCAUUUGUUUUAUUACUCCGUACUUUAUUUCAUUCAAUUUUUUUCUUAAUACCCGUGCCCAACCAUGAAUCUCUUAAAUAAAUACGGAGGGAGUAGUAAAAAAAUUAAUAUAAAAUAUUUUUUAAAUAAAAAUAGUACUUUUUUUAUAAAGAAAAUGACACUUUUUUUAAGAAAUAAUAAUUUCUUUAAAAAUAAUGGUAUUUCUCUCUCUACUUUGUAAUUUCUCUCUCUAUUGCCGUCUUCUUCUCUCUCUGCUUUUUUCUUCCUCUCUCUCUUCUUUAUUUUCUCUUUCUCUUCUUUUUUUUGUCUUGAUUGUCUUAUUUCUUUUAUUCUUUUUGUCAUUUUCCUCUUGUCUGUUUUUCUACUUUGUCUUGUGGUUGGUGUUUCUCCCUCCGUAUUUAUUCAAGGGAAACACUUGUCUUUUUCGAUCGUAUUUAUUAAGAUAUCCACUUGUCAUUUUUAGUAACUUAUCAACCCCACUAUUUAAUUAAAUAAUCUAUCUAAUAUAUCAUAUGUCCUAUCACCUUAUUAAACAAAUAAUUUCAUAACUACUUACCCUCCACCCUCAAAAAUUACAUGGUCUCCACUUGUUUUACUUAUUAAAAUAUCUACCCAACCCCACUUGUUUUAUUAUUUUAUUUCAUUAAAUUAUUAUUCUUAGUAUCUGUGCCCGGCCAAGUGUAUCUAUUAAAUAAAUACGGAGGGAGUGUAAUUUGUUCUCCCUCUGGGAAAAGGCUACAUGUCCAUCUAGUGUACAAGAUUUUCUUGUACAUCACCAUUAAUUUGUUGACACAUCAUCAAACCCACUAACAAAUGAGAAUGAAAGUCAAUAAAUAUGCCAUUUCAACCAAUAGAAAAGCAUGAUUUACAAGAUGUCUUGUACACUAGGUGUACAUGUAGACAUGUAGUAGGAUCUCUCCCUCUGUCCCAGAAUACUCGCACCGGUUCAAGUGGACACGCUUGCCAAUGCACAACUUUGACCACCAAUAUCUUUAACUACAUAUUAUAAAAACUUAUGAAAUAUUAAUAUUUUGAAAAUAUAUGUUAAGAUGAAGCGUACAAUAUAUUAUAUGCUAACUUUUGUUUUUAUAUACUAGAAAUAAAAUAUGGACAAAAUGAAUUAUGUGAAUAGUGCAAAAAUUUAAACCGGUACGAAUAUUCCAGGACGGAGGGAGUAUACAUAACAGAAUGCCGUUGCGUCGAGCUCGAGUAAUACGUAAUACGAAGUAUUAGAUUUAUUAAUACUUCGUAUUCUGGAAAUAAGGAGGUACCAUGACGUGUUGGUCCACGUGCUAUGGUCGCGUAACUUGUGCUCCAAUGGGUUGUGUUUUGAAGAGAGUUUCUGAAUCUAUAAUUAUUAUAGAUUGCAAAACCUAUAAUGGCAAUAAAUAAUGGUAUAUAUUCAUAUGGUACAAUUGUGGGGCUACUAAACUGAGAAAAUAAAAGCAAAAUGGUAUAUUACUUGGCGCCAACUGAAAUGCUAGAGAGAGAGUGAAAUUUUUACCAAUUGCGCCAAAGUUCCGUGAAAUUUUGUUGGCGGCAAAACCAAAGGUUCCCACUUCCUCUUUCAUUUGUUAGUUCUUCAUUUUAGCAGUUCUUCUUGUUCCUACCUCCAAAAAUUUGUUUCUCUUAAUUUCCGCGAUCCAAAAAAAAUUAUUACAAAUUAAAUCUUCUAUACUCCAAAUUAAAACAAUUACAAAUGAAUUUGCUCCAAAUAAAAACCAUUUAUUAAUUCUACGAAAUUAUUUUGUCCAAAAUCUUGAAAUAGUUCUUCAUUUGCAAAUGGGCACUGAAAUAGUUCUUCAUUCGCAAAUGGGUACUUAAAGGGCAUCCAGAUCCGGUUCAGUUUCCGUUAUUCCUAUUAAUUUAAAUCCAGAGCUGGGUUGGGUUUGGACACUUAAAGGGCAUCAGAUCCGGUUCAGUUGGCAAUAAAAACUAUGGAGGGAAGCAGGACAGUGGAGGAAAGAAGGAGAAGAUUACAACUAGACGAGUUCUGUACAAGCAGAGAGAUAUGUGGAUACCGGCGUAUGUCAAACAUAUAUUUUGGGCAGGGAUGCAGACGACUUAGCGGGUUGAAAGCAUAAAUAGUUUUUUCGACGGGUACCUGAAGAAGAACACGAGAUUGUAUCAGUUUGCUCCUAGAUAUUGCAAGGCCAUGGAGAGUAGGGCGAAUGAUGAAAGAGCUGCGGAUGUGAAUUGUAGCCGUUUUACAAGGCCUUUGGUUGGGGAGUUUGCGUAUGAGAGAAAAUGUCAGAAAGUAUAUACGGAUGCGAAGUUUGUUGAAGUUCAGGUCCAGUGCACGCGGGUAUGUUAUGUGACCCCUGUUAGUAAAAAAGACAUUUCUGAUGUAGAGGUAGAGCAUACCGUAUCCGAUAGAGUGUGGAUAUGGUCGAAGUUUUUAAAAAAGGAAAUAUCUUUGGGUGGCCCUAAGCGUACUUAUGUGGUAUUGUUCAACAAAGAAACCUUAUUUGGGAAGUGUGACUGUAAAUACUUUGAGUGCCACGGCAUUGUUUGUAGGCAUAUAAUAAAAGUGUUAGACAUGGAGAAUGUGGUAACAGUUCCUGCAUCAUACAUUAUGGAUCGAUGGAGGAAAGAUAUUCAACGUAAGCACACCCUUGUGAAGGUAGCUUAUCAUGAUCCUGAGGAAACAAAGGAAAUUAAUCGGUAUGACAAAAUUAUGAAUGCAGUAGAACCUGCUGCUUUACUUGGGUCACAGAAUGAGCAAAAACUUGAUAUAAUGCUUGAGAUGGUUCGGGCUGCUAUGUUACGGAUGGAUGUAAGUGACGUAGUGACAGCAGAAGUGGCCGAUAAUAAAGGCGGUGCAGCAUCCGUCCUUAACAGAAGGGGCAGUGACGGACCACCAACGCCUAGGUCGGUUAAUAAACCGCCUAAUAGUUCUGGAGAAAAAAGCCCUUGUCUGUCACCACCCAUUCUUGCCAAAGAUCCUGUUCCGCGAGGUGGGGUAAAGGCUCAUAGGCCUCGUGAGAAACGUUUUAUCCCUCCUGGUGAGAAUACAAAGCCAGCUAAAAAGCAAGUACGGAAAAACAAGAAAGGCGUGGCUGAAGAUGCUCCUCCUGAACAACCUGCUACUAAUCUUCCUGUACCUUUUAAACAACCUAUGGAUCCGGUAGCUAUAAAUCCUGAUUACACCGGGCACCAAGGAAUAAAGUACGGUAACGCACAGAACAACUUCCAUCCCGGCUGGCCAAAUCAAUUUCAGGUAAUGGCUGGGUAUAAUACGGUGAAUGUAGUGGAUCCGCAACAUCAAGUUGGAGGAAACAAUGUCCGUGCUUGUGUAGGUCAGAUGAGUGGGACUCUUAUAUAUCCGCAACACAACUACAACAAUGGAGCACCCAUGCAAAACUAUCAGGCAUCUGCUACUAGAGUAGGAGGUGGUGUUGCUACAAAUUUGUUUCCACAGUCUCAAGUUCGCAUGUCUGUCGGUGGGAUUCGUAUGUCCCAAGAUGGGGAUGGUUUGAUAGGGUCUCAAGAUCCAUGUGUUAUGCCCCUGUCACAAAACAUGAGUGGAGUUCAAAUGUCCCAAAUAUCUUCAAAUGUAGGUGGUGUUCAUAUGUCACAAAACCUAAGCGGACAGGGAAUUUUUCAUAUGUCACAAAACCAAAGUGGAACUCAAAUGUCCCAAAACGCAGGCAACAUUAGGUACUUCACCGGCAACGUAGGUGGAACCUUUGAAGGAUCCGGAAAUCAUUUUAUAUAGGGAGGCAAUGGUAACCACAAUUUUCAAGGUACUCCAGGUUUUCAAGGUGACGGUAGUGACAGAAACUAUCAACGCACAGAUAAAUAUCAAUGCUUUGCUGGAAAUAAUAGCAACCAGGUUCAACGCAACGGAAAUCAUACAUUUCAUGGAAGUCGUACUCCUAUAUUCACACAAGACCUAUUGAGUUGUCAUGACUUGACGAAGAACUAAUACAAAUAAGACUCAAAUUCAGAAGUCCUCUCAGAAGUCCUGUUAUACCUUAAUAAACGUUGUAGUUGAGUCGUCUAAUAUUUGUGAUUAUGUACCAUUCUGUAUGAAUAUGUAAGUUUAAUUGUUGUUUUGUUUACGUGUGUAACUGUACCAUUCUGUAUGAAUAUUGUACGUUUAGAUAAAUGUAUGUGAGACUAGCUACCUGAUUUUUUUACUCAACA